AUAACAGAGCAAAUGGUAAACAAACAGUCCUAAUGUGUCCGUCAGUUUGAAUUUCACAAACAGCUGUUGGUUGUGUCAUAAAGACAUGUUGAAAACUGCGAGAACUGCAGUUCAGCGAUUGGUAUUUUGCCGUCCCCUAUUCUGUUCAGGAUACACUACCGGGGCUUGUAAAAUGAGCGACCCUAAAUUAGAAGCAGUUAAAGAUGUGGACAUUGAAGAGGGCAUUUUUAAAUACGUUCUUAUAAAAGUCUACGGUAAACAACAAGCCGAUGGCGUGGAACCCAGCAAACUAAUUGUUAGGGGCUAUGCUGAUUGUCAAUGGCACUCUGACAUAUACGAACGUGCCAGCACCUCUUGUCAAGGUUUGGGUCUGGAUACCGAAUGUUUAGGAGGUGGUAGAAUUGAACACAAUCCUUCGGCGAAACUAAUAAAAGUCUACGGAUACUCACAGGGCUAUGGAAAAGCCGAUCAUUCAGAGUCUAGGAAAGUUUUAUUGAAAACUUAUUCUGAUUAUACUAUUGAAAUUUCGGAUGAAGGAUAUUAACGUUUUUCCACUGUUAAAUGAAAGUCGAGCUUUGAUAUCUACAAAUUUUGUUUAUUUUUGAAUAUGAGAUUUUUCAUCACAAAUAUUAAAGGUUUUAUAUUCAUUGGACUCUAUACACUUAUAAAA